CAGGUUUGCGGCGCUCCCAGCGUAAUUUGCAGUCCGCUUUUUUCCUCUUUUUUUCACGUCGCCACUCACGCUGAAAAAUCCAAUCCCCAAUCAAAACACCCUUUAUCGGUAUCCUUACCUACAAUCCAUCACCGAUUACCAUCCCUAAACAUUCCUAGACGUCACGGGUCCUAAGUAGUGUGCUUCAACAGUUAUUUAGUUAGGAAAGGUUUAGAGAAACCCCAGCAUCAGAUACUUUUCCAUCAGUCCCAAGUAUCAACCAACCCGAGAAUUUAUCAGCACUCAUUUAUUUGAUUGUUCACCCAGUUAAUCCAGCACCAUCUGAACGGGGAUAGAUUUUCAUUCAUUGUAUCAUAACUGUUUCAUUUCACAAGUAAAAUUUUUAUAAAAAAAACCAAAAAUAUAAUCGUUGAUUAGUUGUAUCAAUAUGAGUCGUCAAUUUCCUUAUUCCAGCGCACCACUCCGUGCAGUGAAGGAAGUUCAAUUUGGGUUGUUAUCCCCUGAGGAGGUUCGUGCCAUAUCGGUGGCCAAAAUCGAGUACCCCGAGACCAUGGAUCAAGCCACCAAAAAGCCAAGAGAGGGAGGUUUGAAUGAUCCAAGAUUGGGUUCGAUUGACCGUAAUUUCAAGUGUCAAACCUGUGGAGAAGACAUGGCAGAAUGCCCAGGUCAUUUCGGUCACAUCGAGUUGGCCAAACCAGUGUUCCAUAUUGGUUUCAUUGCCAAGAUCAAGAAAGUUUGUGAGUGUGUGUGUAUGCAUUGUGGUAAAUUGUUGUUGGAUGAAACCAACUUAGCCAUGUCACAGGCAAUCAAGAUUAGAGACCCUAAAAAGAGAUUCAAUGCGGUGUGGAAUGUGUGUAAAACCAAGAUGGUUUGUGAAACCGAUAACUCGGAAGAAGAAAAUACCGAUACCCCCAAAAGAGGUGGCUGUGGUCACACGCAACCCACCAUCCGUAGAGAUGGUUUGAAAUUAUGGGGUACCUGGAAGCACAACAAAAACUUUGACGAAAACGAUCAACCAGAACGUCGUUUAUUGACUCCUUCCGAAAUUUUAAACGUUUUGAAACAUAUAAAUUCUGAAGACUGUUUUAGAUUGGGUUUUAACGAAGACUAUGCUAGACCAGAAUGGAUGUUGAUCACCGUCUUGCCAGUUCCACCACCACCAGUUAGACCUUCUAUUGCAUUUAACGAUACUGCCAGAGGUGAAGAUGAUUUGACUUUCAAGUUAGCAGAUGUUCUUAAAGCCAAUAUUAAUGUCCAAAAAUUGGAGAUGGAUGGUUCUCCUCAGCACGUUAUUAGUGAGUUUGAAGCUUUGCUUCAAUUCCACGUCGCCACUUAUAUGGAUAACGAUAUUGCAGGUCAACCACAAGCUCUUCAAAAGACUGGUCGUCCAAUCAAGUCCAUUAGAGCUAGAUUGAAGGGUAAGGAAGGUAGAUUGAGAGGUAACUUGAUGGGUAAACGUGUGGAUUUCUCCGCUCGUACUGUCAUUUCAGGUGACCCCAAUCUUGACUUGGAUCAAGUUGGUGUCCCAAUUUCUAUUGCAAGAACUUUAUCAUAUCCUGAAGUCGUCACCCCUUACAAUAUUCAUAAGUUGACUGAGUAUGUCAGAAACGGUCCUAAUGAACACCCAGGUGCCAAAUAUGUUAUAAGAGAUACUGGUGAUCGUAUAGAUUUAAGAUAUAACAAAAGAGCAGGUGACAUUGCUUUGCAAUACGGCUGGAAGGUUGAACGUCAUUUGAUGGACGAUGAUCCAGUGUUGUUCAACCGUCAACCAUCUUUGCAUAAAAUGUCUAUGAUGGCCCACAGAGUGAAGGUUAUGCCUUAUUCCACUUUCAGAUUGAACUUAUCGGUUACUUCUCCUUAUAAUGCCGAUUUCGAUGGUGAUGAAAUGAACUUGCACGUUCCUCAGUCCCCCGAAACCAGAGCAGAAUUAUCAGAAAUUUGUGCAGUUCCAUUACAGAUUGUUUCACCUCAAUCGAAUAAACCAGUCAUGGGUAUUGUGCAAGAUACCUUGUGUGGUGUCCGUAAGAUGACCUUGCGUGAUAUUUUCAUUGAAUAUGAUCAAGUCAUGAACAUGUGUUACUGGAUCCCUAACUGGGAUGGUGUGAUUCCUCCACCAGCAGUGAUAAAGCCAAAGCCUUUAUGGACUGGUAAGCAGUUGUUAUCCAUGGCUAUUCCAAAGGGUAUUCACUUGCAAAGAUUCGACGGAGGAAAAGACUUAUUGAGUCCUACUGACACCGGUAUGCUUAUUGUUGAUGGUGAAAUCAUGUUUGGUGUGGUUGACAAAAAGACCGUCGGUGCUACCGGUGGUGGUUUAAUUCACACCGUCAUGAGAGAAAAAGGACCACAAGUUUGUGCCAAAUUGUUCAGUGCAAUUCAAAAGGUUGUUAACUACUGGUUAUUACACAAUGGAUUUUCUAUUGGUAUUGGGGAUACCAUUGCUGAUUCAAGUACUAUGAACACAGUUACCACUACUAUUCAAGAAGCCAAGGACAAGGUGCAAGAGAUCAUUUUGGCUGCUCAACAGAACAAAUUAGAGCCAGAACCAGGUAUGACAUUAAGAGAAUCCUUCGAGCACAAUGUUUCUCGUGUUUUGAAUCAAGCGCGUGAUACUGCUGGUCGUUCCGCUGAAAUGAAUUUGAAAGACUUGAACAAUGUGAAGCAAAUGGUGGUUUCAGGUUCUAAGGGUUCUUUUAUUAAUAUUUCUCAAAUGUCUGCUUGUGUGGGUCAACAGAUUGUGGAAGGUAAGAGAAUUCCUUUCGGUUUCGCUGACCGUUCGUUACCUCAUUUCACUAAGGAUGAUUACUCUCCAGAAUCUAAGGGCUUCGUCGAAAACUCUUACUUGAGAGGUUUGACACCUCAAGAGUUCUUCUUCCACGCUAUGGCUGGUAGAGAAGGUCUUAUUGAUACCGCUGUCAAGACAGCCGAAACUGGUUACAUUCAACGUCGUUUGGUCAAGGCCUUGGAGGACAUUAUGGUUCACUAUGAUGGUACCACUAGAAACUCUUUGGGUGAUAUUAUUCAAUUCGUCUAUGGUGAAGACGGUAUUGAUGGUACCCAGGUCGAAAAGCAAUCCGUUGACACCAUUCCAGGUUCAGAUGCUAACUUUGAACGUCGUUACCGUAUCGACUUGUUAGAUCCAUCGAAGACAAUCUCUGAUUCUUUGUUGGAAUCUGGUAAAGAGAUCAAGGGUGACGUCAAAUUGCAAAAGGUUUUGGAUGAAGAGUACUCUCAAUUGCUUGAGGAUCGUGCCUACUUGAGAAAUGUUUGCUUUCCUAAUGGUGACUUUAGUUGGCCAUUACCAGUUAACUUGCGUCGUAUUAUUCAAAAUGCUCAGCAGAUUUUCCAAAGUGGCCGUCAUAAGGCAUCUGAUUUGCGCUUGGAUGAAAUCAUUACCGGUGUCCAAGAGCUUUGUACCAAGUUAUGGGUUAUCCGUGGUGAAACUGAAUUACACAAAGAAGCACAAGCUAAUGCAACUUUGUUAUUCCAGUGUUUGGUUCGUUCCAGACUUGCUACUCGUCGUGUGAUCGAAGAGUUCAAGUUGAACAGAUCUUCCUUUGAAUGGGUUGUUGGUGAAAUUGAAGCUCAAUUCCAGAAGUCCAUUGUCCAUCCUGGUGAAAUGGUCGGUGUGAUUGCUGCUCAAUCUAUUGGUGAACCUGCCACCCAGAUGACUUUGAACACUUUCCAUUAUGCCGGUGUUUCUUCUAAGAACGUCACUUUGGGUGUUCCUCGUCUUAAGGAAAUUCUUAACGUUGCAAAGAACAUUAAGACUCCAGCUCUUACCGUCUACUUGAAGACUGACAUUGCUGCUGACAUUGAAAAGGCUAAGGUUGUCCAAUCUGCUAUCGAGCACACUAGUUUGAAAAACGUCACAUCAUCGACUGAAAUUUUCUAUGACCCAGAUCCAAGAACUACUGUUAUCGAUGAAGAUUACGAUACCGUUGAGGCCUACUUCGCCAUUCCUGAUGAAAAGGUUGAAGAAUCUAUUGAAAAGCAAUCUCCAUGGUUACUUCGUCUUGAAUUGGAUCGUGCAAAGAUGUUGGAUAAGCAAUUGACAAUGGCUCAAGUUGCCGAGAAGAUUUCUGAAAACUUCGGAGAAGAUUUGUUCGUUAUCUGGUCUGACGAUACAGCCGACAAAUUGAUCAUUCGUUGUCGUGUUGUCCGUGAUCCUAAAUCGUUGGAUGAAGAUGCUGAUGCCGAAGAAGAUCAAAUUUUGAAGCGUAUCGAAGCUCACAUGCUUGAGUCCAUCUCAUUGCGUGGUAUUCCAGGUAUUACCAGGGUUUUCAUGAUGCAACAUAAGGUGACUGCACCUGAUGAGACUGGUGAAUAUACUCAAGGUAAAGAAUGGGUUUUGGAAACCGACGGUGUUAACUUGGCUGAUGUUAUGGCAGUUCCAGGUGUCGACUCCAGCCGUACUUACUCCAAUAACUUUAUUGAAAUUCUUUCAGUAUUAGGUAUUGAAGCCACUCGUUCCGCCUUGUUUAAGGAAAUUCUUAAUGUGCUUUCUUUCGAUGGUUCGUAUGUUAACUAUCGUCAUAUGGCUUUAUUGGUCGAUGUUAUGACUUCUCGUGGUCACUUGAUGGCUAUUACCCGUCAUGGUAUCAACAGAUCUGAUACUGGUGCAUUGAUGCGUUGUUCUUUCGAAGAAACUGUUGAAAUUUUGCUUGAAGCAGGUUCUGCAGCUGAAUUGGAUGAUUGUCGUGGUAUUUCUGAGAACGUCAUGUUGGGUCAAAUGGCACCAUUAGGAACUGGUGCUUUUGAUGUUAUGGUUGAUGACAAGAUGUUGCAAACUGCUCCUUCAAACAUUGCUGUUGCCAACGGUGAUGAUUAUGCUGAUGAUGGUGGUGCUACUCCUUACAGAGAUUAUGACAUGGAAGAUGAUAAAAUUCAAUUUGAAGAGGGUGCUGGAUUCUCACCAAUCUCCAUUCAGUUACGGAGCAACCUCACCCACUUUUGGAGGAGCUACGUCGCCAGGCUAUGGUGGUACCUCACCUUCAUACUCACCAACCUCCCCAUCGUACUCACCAACUUCCCCAUCAUACUCACCAACUUCACCAUCUUAUUCACCAACUUCACCAUCUUAUUCACCAACCUCUCCAUCCUACUCACCAACCUCACCAUCUUACUCCCCAACUUCCCCAUCUUACUCCCCAACAUCUCCAUCUUACUCACCAACCUCCCCUCAAUACUCCCCAGGUUCUCCAGAGUAUUCGCCUUCUUCCCCAAAGAAGGAUAAGGAAGAGAAGAAGUGAUUUACAUGGAAUGAUUGGUAAAAUCACUCAAUUUUUGUAUCUU